ACCUGCAGACGGACCACACUUUGUGUCCUCAGACUAAAGAUGGGACUGGCUUAUUUCCAGGAUUUUACAUAAUGACUCAGUUCAACAUUGCUGAGUUGGCCAGGAGAGGGACGGUAAAGAAGGUGCCUGGAAUGACAUCUCAGCAUAUUGCAUAUAAGAUUGGCCCUGAGUUCAACUUCAGGAUAAACACCAGAUCUUCAUUUCCCAUGGGGCUGCCUGAGGAAUUUGCAUUUUCUGGAACCUAUCGAAUGAGUAGAAGUACACUGAAUAAGAGUUGGAAUUUGUGGCAAAUGCAAGAUCUGAAUGGAAAUGAACAGCUUGCAGUCAGACUCAACGGGGAGGCCCUGUCUGUGGAGUUCUCCUACAGAACCCAAGAGAACAAACUCAAGACAGCUUUAUUCCCUUACCAAACACGCCUCUUCAAUUCUCAGUGGCACAAGAUUAUAUUGCUUGUCAAAAAAGGCUCUGUGAGCCUGAUAACAGACUGUACAGCAACAGAUUCACAGCAGCUGGCACCCAGAGGACAAGUAAACCUAGAUGGAUUCACGCAUAUUGGAAAACUGAAGGACAAUUCAGCAAUAGCUGUGCUGUUUGAGCUGCAGUCAAUGCUUAUCCACUGUGACUUAAACAUCCCACAGAGAGGCACAUGCGGUGACCUUCCUGCAAGGAGAGAGACCAAUUAG